AUGGCGGGCCAUUUUCUCCCGGAACUGCUCUCCAACAAAUCCUGCCAGUCCUUCAUCAGCUGGACCGGAGACGGAUGGAAGUUUAAGCUUGCGGACCCCGACGAGGGAAGUCCAGCACCUGGGAAAUCAGUGGCCCGACGGUGGGGAAAGAGGAAAAACAAGCCCAAGAUGAACUACGGGAAGCUGAGCUGGGGGUUGCGCUGCUACUACAACACGAACGUCAUCCACAAGACGUCGGGGAAGCCGUGCGCGCGCCGCUUCGUGUGCGCCCUGCAGGACUCCGGCUUCGCGCCCGAGGAGCUGCCCGCCCUCCCGGGCGUCCGGCCGGACACGGGGGGCUGA